GCGGUAAAGAGUCAGAGGCACGUAGUGACAUAAAAAAAAAAAAACAACAACUUUGAAGAGAUUUAAAUUGUAUAAAAGCAUGUGUACAGAGGCGACAGCAGUGCCGACAGGGGAUGCCAGCACUCAGGUGUUGUCUCUCAGUCCCCAGCAAAAGGCCAAGGCACGUCGGGAGGAGGCUCUGAAGAUCCUUGAAACUUCCAGAAAGAAGCUGCCCUCCCUGGAGGCGCAGCGCUUCUCAGGCGUGCUGGAAGACAGCAUCAGUCAGGUUGAGAUAGUGGCCAUGCUGCCUGCUGUGUUGGCCCGCUUAGACACUCUGUCUGGCAGCCUUGACAGUGACUUGAGCGGGGCACUUAGAGAGCACAGACUCUUAGAAGAGAGGCUGAUGAGUUUGGAUGGCCCUGGGUCAGAUGGGGGACAGGAGGGAGAAAGCAGGGAGGCAAGGGAAAGGGUGAGGGCCCAGCUUGAGAAGGACAUCCAGAGCUCUGUGAUGGAUGUGUUGAGGUUAUUCCGAGCCCAUCCUGAUGCUGUUCUUGUCUUACGGGCAGAGGUGGAUAUGGAGGCUGGGGCGAGUAAGAACGUGCAACCUCUAAUUGAUGGACUUAAGAAGUUCCAUGAUCUAAUGCUAGAGAAGCUGCUGACCAGUCCUGAGGAGGAGCAACAGCUGAGUGCCUACAUGAAGGAGAUGUCUUUACGCCGUGACCACAACAUGAAACUCAUGGCUUCACUGGAGGCUGAAGUAGCUGCAGCCAAAAAGAAGAGAGAUCUAGAGAUUUCUAAGAAAUCCAGUGGUAUCAAGACACUGAAGAGAUCCCUGUACCAGAUGAAUAAAAAAGCAGAAGACUUUAUAUCACAGAUGGAGCAGGAUGCAGACAGGCAAAGCCAGUCAAUAUCCAAGACAUCAGAGCAGAAGCAGAUCCGCAUGCGGCAAGAGAUUGAUCAGCUGAACGUUCAGCUCAACAAUCUGAUCCUUGAAAACCGAGAAGCAGAGAGAGUACUACGAGAGAAAAAUUACAAGGUGGAGACACAGAUAGGAGACCUGCUCCAGAAGUAUGAUGCUGACAUGGAGGAGAAACAGGUGGAGCUGGAGGAGAUAGAAAAGGCUUAUGAGGAGGAGAAGGAGGAGCUGAGGAGGCUUGAGAAGGGCUAUGCUGUCUUGGAGGUGGAGUACAACCAGAUCCAGGAGGAGCGCUGGCUGGCAGAGGAGAGGAGAAAAGAGGAGCAGAGGAACCUGGAGCUGAAGACCAGAGCUGCCAUUCUGGCUCAAGCAUGGUGGAGAGGCUACUGUGUUCGCAAGGCCAUGAAAAGCAAAGGCAAAAGCAAGAAGGGAAAGAAGGGGAAAGGCAAGAAGGGCAAUUGAACCAUCAAACAAUGACAUUUCCCUAGUGCAACACCAACUUUGGAUACAGUGUUGCAGAGGAUCAUGGGAAAUGAAUCAGAAAUAAUCAACAGCCAAAGAGGACUUUAAACUUAAACUUUUUAACAUUUCACAUCUAAUACUUUUCAUGAUUAUAAAACAUUGCGGCAUAUAAUGUAGUUCCGUGUCCACAAGUUGUUAUUCUCCAAAUGGCCACAGAGUGGCAGCACAGGACAACCUCGUCUAUCGAUCGAUCUAUCUGUGCGUGAGUGUGUGUGUGUGUGUGUGUGUGUGUGUGUGUGUGUGUGUGUGUGUCUGUCUAUUUAUCUAUGUCAUAUUCACAAUGCUGGCAUUUUAAUGAGAAUUUUGUUGCAUCUGGGUUUGCAUCUGGGUCUGAAUCAUAUACUCCUGUACAUUACUCAAACUGAUCCCAGUGCUGUGCUAACCUUGUUGAUUCCUGUCAAACUUUUUUUUGACAGGAAUUUUUUUUGACUGGAAUUUUUCUGUUGGUGAGGUACAUAAGGCUUAACUUCAAUUACAGAAACCUGCAGGACCCGACAGUCUGGAGCUGUAGCGCAUUUUAUUGCUAAAUCUCUAGUGUCUGAUUAAUCUCACCCCAGUGAGCCAACACCUGAAAAAGUGAUCAAGUUUAAAUUAUGUUUAAUCACAGCAUUGGUCAGGCUUUAGGAAUCAACACAAAACUUUUUACUGCAGUCAUGAAAGUCAUGAGUGAUAUUACUGAUGCACUUAACUGAAAAAACACUAUGUUGAGAUGUUAAUUGAUCUUUCAAAAGCUUUUACACAGUAGAUCAUAAUAUCUUGAAACAAAGAUCGGUACAUAUUGGUUUAUCAGACAAAGUGGUUGAUUUGUGAAUUACUUUGCAUAUCAAACUGUUCAGUUUGAUGAGUUAACCUUUUCUUUAAAUACAUGUUCACAAUCUUCAUCAAUAAUGUCC